AUGACUUAUUCUAAAUUAGUCUUUAAUCUUUUAUAUGUUCCAAUUUGUCCCCAAACUUUUGGUGGGUCACUGCAACCUCCGAAAGAUCUCCAACGGCUGUCGAUUUCAUGUUACGGAGCUACCAAGUUCCCGUCUUUGGUAGAGAAUCCUUCUUUUGCUAAAAUAGAGCAGCUAGACCUCUUGGACUGUAUAAAUUGCAAAUCAUUUCCAUCACUCGGGCAUCUACCGUCACUCAGAAGCUUAAACGUAAGAGGCAUGCAUGCAGUGACAAAGUUGGGCCCUGAAUUUUUCGGCAAUGGGUUUCGAUCUUUGGAGAUAUUGAGGUUUGAGAACAUGUCGGAAUGGGAAGAAUGGAUUCAUUCUGUUGGCAACAUCGACGGUUUCCCCCGACUUCGCGAGCUAAUACUGCACAACUGUCCUAGAUUAGCAGGAACGUUACCAAGAACCCUUAGUUCUCUGGUAAAACUAGUUGUUCAAAACUGCCCACGGUUAACAAAUUCACCUUUAAGCUUCCCAUUCUUAGGCGAAUUAACCAUGGAGGACAGUAGCAGCAUGAUUCUUAGGAGUAUAGUUGGUCAAAACAUCACCAGCUUGAAACUCAAGGGAAUAUCAGAUCUUACCUGCAUAAUCAAGGAGCUACCGAAGGCCUUAACGAAACUGGAAGUCCUAGAAAUUGAAAGUUGCAGUGAAUUAACAUGUUUGUGGCGGAACGGAGCCGAAUUGCAAAACCUGCAUCGGCUAAAGAGUGUGGCAGUAACGAAAUGUCCCAAGCUUGUAUCCUUGGUUGGAGACGAGCACGGGCGAGGACUAUGCUGCCUGUCGUCUCUUACGGAUCUCCGUAUCGAUAGGUGCCAAAAGUUUGAGUCAUUGACAGAAAAAGGGUUGCCUUGUACGAUGAAGUGCCUCACAAUCCUUGACUGCAAGGCUAUGGGGUCACUACAAGACAUGAAUGGCUGCAAUCUUGAAGAGUUAAAGAUUAUGGGAUGCCCUUCUCUCGUGUCCUUCCCCGAAGGCAAGUUGCUCUCAACACUCAAGAGCUUGAGGAUCGAAAACUGCAUAAAUCUACGGUGUCUUCCCGAUGGAAUAGUGCUCAAUCUCCAAGUUCUUAGAAUAUCUGCUUGUAUGAAUCUCAGUGCACUGCCUAACCCCAUGUGGAACCUCAUCUCCCUCCGAGAACUGAGUUUGUCAGACUGUGUGGCUCUGAGAUCGAUUCCAGAGGGUGGUUUUCCGCCCAACAUAACUUCGCUCGAGUUGAGCAACUGGGUAAAUCUGAAGCAGCCAAUGUCGGAGUGGGGCCUGGACAAACUCAAUUUUCUUACGGAACUCAAAAUUAUCGGUACAUGUCCUGCUACAGAUUUUGUUUCGUUUCCGUACGAGGGUGUAAUACUUCCUUCGACAUUAACCAGUCUUUGCCUGGAACGACUCGAGAACUUGGAAUAUCUGUCCAGGGAGCUGGAGAACCUCGUAGAUCUACAAGAAUUGCAGAUUGAAGGGUGCCGUAAGCUCUGGCUUCUGCCGAAGACGGCACUACCGGCCUCACUGGGACGGUUACGCAUCUCAGGCUGUCCGGUUUUACGAGACAGGUGCAGAAAAGAGAAAGGAGAGUACUGGUCCCUCAUUUGCGACAUCCCUUGCCUUCAUAUAGAUUGA